GUAAGUGGAAGCCGUCCGGCCGCGCGAUGCAUUGUGGGCGUGAUUGAGGAAGUAAAAUGGCGGACCUAGCGAACGAAGAAAAGCCUGCCAUUGCUCCACCUGUCUUUGUAUUUCAGAAGGAUAAAGCACAGAAGUCCCCUGCAGAGCAAAAAGGUUUGUCGGAUUCAGGCGAGGACCCCCAGGGAGAGGUUGAGCCCCCCCACCAUGGUCUGGGUCACAAAGAAUCAGCUGGUGAGUGCGACUCUGAGCACCCUGCUCCCGCUGUUGCCUCAGUCAGUGCUACCCCGAGUCCCACUUCUGAAGCCCAGCUUGCUCCUAUUCAACAAGAACUGGCAGGGAGAUCAGCGGAUGGAUCAAGUCCAGAAGAUGGAGAUGAAUCUGAUCGAGAGGAUGGGAGCUACUGUCCACCUGUAAAGCGUGAGAGGACUUCAUCCUUAACUCAGUUCCCUCCUUCUCAGUCAGUAACAAAGAACAAUGUCUUUAUGCCAUCAAGCUUCUGCGAACCCUCGACAGGCAAUUCUGACUCAGAACCAGAGGAAAAGAGCAGUGGAUUCCGGCUAAAGCCACCAAUACUUAUCCAUGGUCAGGCACCUAGUGCAGGUCUCCCUAGCCAGAAACCGAAGGAACAGCAGCGAAGUGUGCUGCGUCCAGCAGUAUUACAGGCACCACAGCCAAAAACUUUCUCACAGAUGGUUCUCAGCAGUGGCACUAACGGUGUAAAUAUCCCGCCAGAUUCUGCAGCCACAUCAGAAUCACUGAGUAAUGCGACACUGAAAAGUUCUGACUCUGAAGACAAGGCAGGAGAAUGUCAGAAAAAAGAGUCCAACAGUACUUCAGAUGACGACAGCUGUGAGAAGGCAGAACUAAACGCACAGCAAGCAUUUGUAUUUGGGCAAAACUUAAGAGAUAGAGUUAAGCUAGGAGAUGAAAGUGAUGAAACUGCCGAUGUACAGAACGUUGGCCUUCCUACAUCAGAUGUACCUUCUGCAACAAAUUAUUUUCUACAGUACAUCAGUUCCAGUGUAGAGAACUCUACAAACAGUGCAGAUGCAUCUAGCAACAAGUUUGUUUUUGGACAGAACAUGAGUGAGCGAGUCCUAAGUCCACCAAAAUCAAAUGAAGGUAGUACAGAGAGUAAUAAGGAGAAUGCUGCUACAGAGUCUGGGUCUGAAUCGUCUUCUCAGGAAGCCACGCCAGAGAAAGCUAAUAAUAUUUCAGAAUCACUGGCGGAGUCUGCAGCAGCCUAUACUAAAGCAACAGCAAGGAAAUGUCUAUUAGCGAAAGUAGAAGUGAUUACUGGGGAGGAAGCUGAAAGUAAUGUGUUACAGAUUCAGUGCAAGCUGUUUGUGUUUGAUAAAAACUCUCAGUCUUGGGUGGAAAGAGGUCGAGGACUUCUGAGACUCAAUGAUAUGGCCUCAACAGAUGAUGGAACAUUACAGUCUCGGCUGGUGAUGAGGACUCAGGGGAGUCUCAGGUUAAUCUUAAAUACCAAGCUCUGGGCCCAGAUGCAGAUUGAUAAAGCCAGUGAGAAGAGUAUCCGGAUCACCGCCAUGGAUACAGAGGACCAGGGCGUUAAAGUUUUUCUUAUAUCAGCAAGCUCUAAAGAUACAGGGCAGUUGUAUGCUGCAUUACACCAUCGGAUUUUGGCCUUGCGGAGUAGAGUGGAACAAGAGCAAGAAGUCAAGAAUGUAGCACCUGAGCCAGAGGUAACGCAAUCAAAUGAGGAAGACAGUGAUGAUGAUGUCAUUGCACCUUCAGGAUCAGUUGGAAGUGGUCCUAAUGAUGAAGGUGACGGGCAGAAUGUUGGCAGCACAUAGCAGAUGUGAGCCGAUCUGCUUGCAAGGCUGCUAUGAACACCAUCUUGCAGGCAUCUCUGGAUACCCCAGGCCAGCUAUUAUUUCAGGCAGUGUUGAAGGCUCCAGGACUUCAGAACUGUGCAUCCCUGUUCUGUUUGUUUGGUUUUUUGGUCUGGAUCAGUAGAUUCCACACAAAAAAAGCAGACUUUGAAACUACCUGAAUGUGGUUUGGGACGUGAAAGCUCAUCAUAUUGAUGAGC